GCCUGUGUCGACUUCUAACACCACCGUCCGGCUUUUGCGACCUCCGCGAGCCUACCCGACUCACGCUCUAUCCAGAUUCUUGAUACCGAAUCUCCGACUCACUGUUUGGAUCUACCGAUACCUACAACCGCAAAAGCAGUUGCCAACAAAGUAAUACUUGAAAACGUUUUUGGCCGCUAUGAGCGGAUCAGGUUCCAACAGAAUGGCCUGGGAUAACACGGGGGAUAUCCUCCAGGGCAUUCUAGAUCGUCAUGUCGCACCAACAUCGCCGCAGAUAGAGAUCUCAUCGGAUGGGUUCUUGACCUCUGAGUACGGUCCCAGCGAUCCAGCUUCGUUCCUGGGUCUGCAAUUUGGUCCCGAUCCCGCUGUUAUCCCUCACGGUCAUGUGGCUCCGCUCAGCCAAUGGCCAGCGCAUCACCAUCAGGCAUCAUCACCGCCACCUCACCCCAACUUGGAUGUCUCGCACUACCAUUAUCCGCGGUUAACCAGCCACCAAGAUGCCUGGAACCCACUCCAAGUGACAGGAGUGCCGGUGAACACAUCGGCAUGGGGGUUUCCAACUGUCAGUAAACCCCAGCAGCCUGGGGUUGGCCGCAAAUAUUCGACUGGACAGUACAGCGCAACCUCCGAGAGCGGCAGCCACUUUAACGGCUUUCACCCUUCGGACUCGGGAUACAGCAGCCGUAGCUGUGCCACACGCUCGGUGACUACGUCCUCUUACGCAGUAGAGUCCGUCAGCAGCCCAUACUUGGCACCGCAUGAACACGAACAAGAGGACAGAGCGUCAACGCUAGACCUCGGCCCAUCACAUUGUAGCGACACAGUCAUCGAUGCGAUGGAGGUGGUGGAGUCGCCAUCUUUACUGUGCCAUGAUUUGAUCAAAUGCGAGUAUCCCAACUGUCCAUGGACGGGCAAGUGUCCCUCUGAUAAGAGAAAACAUGAGGCAAGGCAUAGGAAAAUGUUCAAAUGCGAUGAACCUGGCUGUACGCGCAAGGAAGGCUUCGGCACCAUCAAUGAUCUUGCGCGACAUAAGAAGUGCGUUCACAAACAGGAGCCGGAACGCGGGCCCAAGGUGCUGUACAUGUGCUUUGGACGCAACUGUCCGCGUCGAGGCAAGGAAUGGCCGCGGUUGGACAAUUUCCGUCAGCAUCUCUCCCGGAUGCAUAACGAUGAGGAUACCAAUGAAUUACUGAAAAGGUCGCAUGACUGGUACGAAACUUGCGUGAAGCCACAAGUAGGAACGUCGUCCUUUACCGACCACUUCUCAGAUGAUGUAACUGUUGCUGCUUCUGAAUCAGAAUAUAACAGACGGGGUUCUGGCCAAGACCUCUGCAGCUUGGGGUCUUCAAAUCCACUUGUCUUAGGGUCUUCCACCCACUCCGGUCUACACCCAACCGAGGAUCGCCGCACGCAGCGGAGAGAUUCUGCGUUGGACUGCGCACCAAGGCUACUCACGACAAAGGCUACGCAGCGCCUUGAAUUACCAGCCCUAACAACCCUCAAUCUCAGCUCAACCACAGACCCAGAGUCUUCCGCUCCUUCACACCCGGGGCAGCCCCAACACAAUGAGGUGGAAAAUAUGGUGUCUGAAAUGGCUACGAACAUGGUCAACGCCAUGGCAAAAAUGAUGAGCAGCACUAGCAGCGAUAGCGGAAACAGUCAACGCAGGCAUAACCAACAAAUGGUCGACACCAUCGAGGCAAGCGAGCAUGAAGUUGGAUUGUCCGAUCAGAAGCGCGAGAUAAUGCAAAAGAUUUUGUCCGCGGCUCUGAACCAGGUAUCAGGAAAUUUGGAGCCCAGUCAGGGUAAUUCGCAAGUGGUACCUGACCGGAAAGCCGACAAGAGAGGCUGGAUACAAUGCGAGUUCUGCACAAAACGCACGCGUCUACGCUGCGAGAUGAAAAAACACAAAAAGCGCCAUGAGCGACCGUACGGUUGCACAUUUGAAAAAUGCAACAAGACUUUCGGCAGCAAAGCCGACUGGAAGCGACAUGAGAACUCGCAGCAUUUUCACUUGCAGAGUUGGCGCUGUACUCUUCCUGAUGCGCAAGGGGGCUUGCCUUGCGCUCGCCUAUACUACCACCAAGAAUUAUACGUUCAGCACCUGAAAAAGCACCAUCACGUGGAAGACGAUGGGGUACAAGCUUCCCUUUCCAAAAACAGUAUCGGGCGGAACGGACAGUCGCAAUUCUGGUGCGGUUUUUGUCGCGAUAUUAUCCCACUCAAAAGCCAGGGCCUCGCCGCGUGGAAUGAACGCUUCAAUCACAUAGAUACGGAGCACUUCAAAAAUGGAGAGCGUAUUGGUGAUUGGCUCCUCCCGUCAGGACAUCUGACCAAGAGCCUAGAAUGUGAUGAAAGAAAGGAACGAGCCGAAGCGAACGCAGAUGCAGAUGCUGAGCCCAUCGCGGACGAAAUCAGCGAUGAUGAUUCUGCGAGCAGCAUCUGUAACUCCGAAAGCGAGAACCUACGGGAUGAAACGACAACGGAGGUCCCAGAACAAGCCCAGGAUCUCCCGGUUCGCCAAAUUCACGAUCAUUUCAAAAACAACUCUCCUAUGUUUGACUCUCUCGCCGAAGCGACGAAUUUACGAAAACGCAAAUUCUCCGCCCCACAACCGUCUCUGGACUAUUAUCUUCGCGUGGAUAUUCCAACUAUCGACAAGAGGUAUAAGACCGAUGACGCACUUGAAACCCAAUAUGGGAACCUCGCCUACUGCUGCCAGUGUAAACAAGGGCCAUUUUCUUUGUCUUAUACAACGCAAUGCUUGUAUUGCCCUCAUAGCUUGUGCGGCAGUUGUGGAAGUGAGCGUCAAUCUCUACCGAAUCGAUAUAUUGAGUCCUCUUAAAGGGCGAUGUACAUACAUACUGAGCCUACCAAACCGGCUCUUUUCAUGAAUGAAAGUAACGUCAGAUCUUACAUUGACAUAACGGGGUAUAUAUAAUACAAUUUUCACGUAGGAUAAGAUGAAG